GGGUCGAGGAUGAUCUGCGUUUAUUCCUUUCUACAGCGCAUCAAAGACACAGACUCACUGCUCCCACUUAAUUCCAGGAGAAUCAUGGUCAACAGUGUGUUUCCAAAGUGCCACUGAAAGACUGAUGAGCCCAUUCGAAUACAAUGGAGACAAAUGAACCUCCCGUUACUGAACACAAGGACAGGACAUUUGCAGUGGUGCAGUGGAGUGAAGGAUUCUGGGAAGCUCAGUGAAGUAAAGACUGGCAAUAUACGCAGGUGUGAUGAUUCCAAGAUGGACCAACAUGGGAAUCCCAUUUCCACCUACCCAGCCGUCAUCGAAUGGCGCCAUGGGAAGAAAACAGCUUGGAGGGUUGCCCCACUACCUGGCCACUGUUAUUUUAGUCAGUGCUACUCGUUAUGAGGCAACCCGUAAACUUGAUGCACUGCUGAAGGAAAAUGAACCUGCAGAGCUGACCAAGAGGGUAUCAGUCCGCCCUCAAAAAUAUCAGGAUGAUUCAGAUGUCUCAGAUCCAGAUGAGACUCAGAUUCUGACUCAGCCAUUGCAAGUCAAGAAGUCAAAGGCUCUCACAAGGAAAGACCCUGCAGAGGAAUUCCUUGCAAUGUACAGCGAUUCACCACCUUCAGUCAUUCAUCGUGAUAAAAAUCUGACAAAGACAGUGGCUGAAUUAAAGCAGGAGAUCCAAGAUCUGAAAGAAGAGAAUGCUAAUUUGAGGGAGUUGCUUGUCCAAGAUGUGCCUGAUCUCCUAAAGACCAUGAAGAAUGUCAUUGAUUUGGCUGAAAAUCCUAAGAGAUCCAGUUUGGAGCUGACCACACCACCACUGCCCCCCCCAAAAUUCUCCACAGUCCAGGCCCGGUUCAUCAUCUGCAGAUUCGCUGUUGUCCCUCCCCAGAUCUUCAGCAUCCAGCUCCACAUCAGAGACUGUUAUAAGGGACUGCCAGUCAUCCAAGGUGGAGAUCCAUCCUGGGACUGGAGUCAUGGUAGAGAAACUGGUGCAACGCUUGAGAGGUGGCCUGGGACCCAGCCCUCCAGCAUUGGCAGCACAAUCAAUGCCAAGAUCACAGAGCUCCGUGCCAAAAGUAAAAUUGUUUCUGUUACAACAACCCCUUAAAACACUGUUUACCACACCACAAUCAUGAUCCACCUGGUCGUAACUGUUACUGUUACAGUGUCACAUUUGUAGCCACGUUUUACCUGUUAGAGUUAAAUUGUUUUAAGUGGGCAGGUUUUUAUCCCUCCCUCGUUCUGCCCAUGUUGAUGUUCAUUGUAAUAUCUAUUCACUGCAAAUAAAGUCCAUCAAA